UAGUACUUCAGAUGUCGUUGGGGUGUUUGUUUAGUAAUUCAGUGGAACUGAUUGUUAGCAGGAUGGUGUUAAAAUUCAAAUAUCUCACUGACGAAAAUUGUGCGAAACAUGUUGUGUUGGACUAAGGAGGGUGUGCACUAUAAAUUUUACUUGAGGUGCAAAGCAGUCGAGGCAAAAGGUCUCAAGUUAUCCAGAUAAGAAUUCAGUGGUUUUCCAGCCGGAAUUCUUAUAUUAUAUGCCUUUCAUUAUUAAGAAUGUUCCUUUUUAGGAUUAACUCUUGUUCCAGGCACUUUUCAAUGGCGGAAAUUGACGCCCUAAAGAAAGCCUUAAGGGUCGAAGUGCAGGCCAAAGUGGCCAAAAUGCCCCGCGAAGAGAAAACGAGACAAUCUCAAGCCGUAUUUCAUAAGUUAAAAAAUUUGCCAGUGUUUCAAAACAGCAAACGGGUGUCGGUGUAUUUGAGUAUAGAAGGGGAAAUCGACACUGAGGCGAUUGUUCGGCAUAUCUUCGAACAGAAAAAAGAAUGUUUUAUUCCCAGAUGUACCAAAAGCGAGAUGCAAAUGGUAAAACUGCACUCUAUGGACGACUGGUUGAACUUGCCGUACUCAAAAUGGAAGAUCAAACAGCCCGCCCUAAAUGACACAAGAGAGGAUGCAAUGGAAACCGGUGGCUUAGAUUUAAUGAUUUGUCCAGGGGUUGCUUUUACACGAACCGGACAUCGGUUAGGAUACGGAGGUGGUUACUACGACCGAUAUCAGACAAAAUUAAGGGAGGUACAAAAGGGACCUUUUACCACCGUUGCUCUGGCAUUUAGGGAGCAAAUAAGGGAUGAAAUUCCGGUUACUGAGACGGACGUUACCCUCGAUAUGGUUCUGUAUGAUGAAUAAAAUAAACGAUUUCUUUUUUGAA